AUGAUCUUCGUGUCGGGUCUUGCUCUCGGUGGUGCUCUGCUCGCUCAAAGCGUCCUCGCUGGCGAACUUGUUCCCCGGACAUGGCAGGGCCAGGAGUACGGUUGCAGGUGCUACUUCGGUGAUGAUUGCUGGCCCAAGGCAGAAGCCUGGGCACAGCUUAAUGCCACUGUGCAUGGGAACUUGGCUAUCCAUGUCCCUCCUGAGGCGGCGUGUCACAACACCUUUGAAGGAACCCUCGGCAACAUCUCGACAUACGAUGCCGCAAAAUGUGCUGAAGUAACUGAAAACUGGGACAAGGAGCAGUGGACACCUCACCACAUAGCAUGUCGAGAUGAGGAGGGCGAGGAAUUGACACACGGAUUCACUCACAGGACCGAUCAGCCCGGCGCCGUUUUAUGGAAAUACUUCACUAACACAACAUGCCUCCCAACCCAAGACCCUACGGAGUCCUGCACCUUGGGGUACUACGGCGUCUACGUGGUGACAGCUACCAAGAAGGACCACAUCAAAGCCGGCGUCGACUUCGCGCGCGAGAACAACCUCCGCCUCAUCAUCCGCAACACAGGCCACGACUUCAUCGGUCGCAGUGUAGGCUGGGGCUCCCUCACCGUCAACACCCACAGCUUCCAGGACAUCACGUUCAGCGACACGUGGGCCGGUCCCGGGAAUUACACCGGCGGGGCCGUCACCGUCGGCGCCGGCGUGCAAGGCCGCGCCCUCCUCCACGUAGCCAACGCCCAGGAUCCUCCCAUACUCGUCGUCACGGGCGAAUGCCCGACCGUCGGCGUUGCGGGCGGUCUUGUCCAGGGCGGUGGCCACGGUCCAUUGACGCCACUCCACGGCAUGGCCGCCGACAACGCCCUGGAGUUCGAGGCGAUCACUGCCGACGGGGAGUACGUCAUCGCCAACGCCGACGAGAACCCUGACUUGUUCUUCGGGCUCAAGGGUGGCGGGCCCUCGUCGUAUGCCGUCGUCACAUCCGUCACCUUCCGCACGUACGCGGAAGAGAAGGCGGCGGGGGGCGUGUUGUACAUCAACAGCACGCUGACGGAGGACGAAGACGUGUUUUGGGAGGGCGUGCGGGUGUUCCAUAAGUGGUCGAACCAUCUCGUUGACAACGGGCUGUACGUCUACUUUGAACUCGGUGCGAUGAUGCUCGAGGUGCAGCCUUUUGUGGCUGUGGGCAAGACGCAGGGCGAGCUGGACAAGAUUCUCGAGCCGAUGAUUGCGGAGCUGAAAGCCAGUAAUGUGUCGUUCGAGCAUUCUACCAAGGAAUUUGGGACGUUCUUUGACUUGUACGUCGAUCUCUUUCGGGACGAGGAAGCAGGCAGACACACAUUGACUGGCGGAUGGUUGUUCGCUCACUCCGAUGUCGAGAAGCGGAACGAUCAGAUUGUCGACGCUUUCAAGACGGUGAUCAAUCCGAGGGAGGACUUGAAGGGCUUGGGGUACAUCGUGGGACACUUGUUCGACGCGGGACACAGCUGGCCCGAAGCCAACAGCGCGACGCACCCGGUCUGGAGAAACGGCACCGACUUCGUCAUCAGCGUUCUGUUUGUGCCAGUGGGUGCGACUUUGGAACAGAAGGCAGAUUUGCAGGAUGUUUUGACGAAUGUCCAAGACGAGGCCUUGCGGCAAGCCGGGCCGGAUGGUGCCACAUACGUGAACGAGAUCUUCAUCAUACAGGCUGAUCCUUAUCAAGCUAACUGGCAAGAACAUUUCUGGGGUCCGUUGUACCCUACCCUAUUCGACCUGCGCAAGAAGUGGGAUCCUGAAGGUGUUUUCUACGCUGUCUCGACGCCUGGGACGGAGGGCUGGGAGGAGAUCGAGUAUGGCACGAGACUGUGCAAGAAGCUCUGA